CAAGGAAAAGUCAGAAGAGCCCUUGGAAGUAGCAAGUUUAAGUUCAAAGAGUGAAAGCAUUGGACCCGACACCAGGGCAGACUGGUGUAUGUCCCAUAAAACUUACGACAUUGGCAAUAGAAAAGAGUUUGAAAGAUUUAAGAAAUUUAUAAAAGGGACCUUAGGGGAGAGGUUUUGGUGGCUGUGGAUGGAUAUUGAGAGGUUAAAGGUUCUUAAGGAUGCUGAAAGACAUCAAAGGCAUCUUGAGACAAUGAAAAAAUGCUAUCUAGUGAGCAGUGGAGAUUUUUACCUUUCUCUAGAAAUCUUAUCAAAACUGAAACUGCUAGAUGGAAUGCAAUGGAAUGAAGAACAUUUGAAAAACAUCCAGCCUGAGGUUUUAAAACCCUUACUUCUAUAUUGGGCACCAAGAUUCUGUGUUACUCACUCCGACUCCACAAAACACACCAGUGCUGAACUGAAGCUCUGGCACCUCCGCCAGGAGAAACCCAGGAAGGACAUUGACCCUUUCCCACAGAUGGCCACCCUCCUGCCACUCCGACCCAAAUCCUGCAUUCCACAGGUGUUCGAGGUCCAGAAAGAAGAAUUCAGUGUGUUCCAAGCACCGAAACCUCCCAAGAAAUCAUCUAGAGUAAAAACAGCAAUUCAAAAGCUUUAUAAGAGUGAGCCUUUCUUCUCAGUUUCUUCUAAGGAGGAUGUGCUUGAGAAAGGGCCAAGGCGCAUGUCGAGCAGCAAAAUUAUUCGUUUAACAUCUUUUACUGACAUUUCUGAGUGUCUGAAGCCCCAUCUGAACAGAAGAUAUACUUACACGGAAGAGCCUAAGGCUGACAUCACCUCAGAUAUCCAAGCCUUGGGAGGAUUUGACAUGGAAAAUUUGUUGCAGUCUUUGUAUGUGGAAAAUAGAGCUGGAUUCUUCUUUACUAAAUUCUGUGAGCAUUCAGGGAACAAGUUAUGGAGGAACUGUGUGUACUUCUGGUUUGACCUACAGGCUUAUCAUCAGCUUUUCUACCAAGAAACACUGCAGCCUUUCAAAGUGUGCAAGCAAGCCCAAUACCUUUUUGCCACAUACAUCGCUCCUUCGGCCACUCUGGACAUCGCACUCCAUCAGGAAAUGAAAAAAGACAUUUAUAUGAAAAUACAGCCACCGUUUGAAGACCUGUUUGACACCGCUGAGGAAUAUAUCCUCCUCCUCCUCCUCGAACCCUGGGCAAAGAUGGUAAAAACAGACCAAACAGCUUACAAGAAGGUGGAGCUCGUGGAAGAAAGUCGGCAGCUGGACUCCACGUACUUCAGAAAGCUUCAGGCUCUGCAUAAAGAGACAUUUUCCAAGAAAGCUGGGGUCCCUGCUCCAGAAAUCGGAAGUAGUAUUUUACAGCCCCUUGAAACAUAUAAGCAAAAAGAAUUUUGGAAUAGCGUUCCUGAAGAAUACAGACAUUUUAACUUUAACGAUCUGCUAAACAACAAGCUGGAGUUUGAACAUUUCCGUCAGUUUCUUGAGGCUCACUCUUCAAGCCUGGACCUUAUCUGCUGGACAGACCUGGAGCAGUUCCGGAGAAUAGAUUUUAGAGAUCGGAACCAAAGAGAGGCAAAAGCUAUAGAUAUCAAAAACAAAUACCUAAAUAGAAAAUAUUUCUUUGGACCCAACAGCCCAGCUUCUGUAUACCAACAGGACCAGAUAAUGCGCCUGAGUGGUGGCUGGGGAAAGAUUCUCCACGAGCAGCUUGAUUCGCCUGUCCUAGUUGAAAUUCAGAAGCACGUCCUCAAUCGGCUAGAAAAUGUGUGGUUGCCAAUGUUCCUUGCAAGUGAGCAGUUUGCAGCUCGUCAAAAGAUAAAGGUACGGAUGAAAGAUAUAGCCGAGGAGCUCCUACUACAGAAACAUGAGAGGAAGCUUGGAGUCUGGAAGCCGAUUGAGAGUAGGUGGAUCUCUUCAUCUUGUGAAAUCAUUGCUUUCCGUAAAGCGUUGCUGAACCCCGUGACUGCGAGACAAUUCCAGAGUUUUGUGGCUCUACAAGGAGAUUUGUUGGAAAACGGGGUGCUCUUUUGGCAAGAAGUACAAAAAUAUAAGGACCUGUGCCAUUCUCAUUGUGAGGAGUCCGUCAUCCAGAAGAAGAUCACAACAAUUAUCAACUGCUUUAUUAAUUCCACCAUUCCCCCAUCUUUACAAAUUGACAUUCCAAUUGAGCAAGCCCAGAAGAUUAUUGAACACAGGAAGGAGUUAGGACCAUAUAUAUUUAGAGAGGCUCAGAUGACAAUUUUUGGGGUUCUGUUUAAAUACUGGCCUCGUUUUUGCGAGUUCAGGAAGAACCUAACUGAUGAAAAGAUUAUGAGCGUGUUAGAGAGAAGGCAAUACAAGAGAAAGAAAUUUCCAGGCUUGGAAGACGAAAAAUUUGUCAAGGAUGGCUCCAGACAGCAUGGAGGCAUUUUGGGAAUGGUCUCCCAAGCAGCGGCUUUGAAUGGUGAAUCGCUUUUGGAUUUACAAGCAUAUGGCCGACAGCCUACCUGGUGCUAUUCCAAGUACAUAGAAGCCUUAGAACAUGAGAGGAUUCUUCUUAAAAUUCAAGAAGAGCUAGAAAAAAAGUUAAUGUCAGCCACACCAUCUGUUACAAAUUUUAAACCUAAUGCUUCAAGUAUGUCUUUGAAAAGAGGCAUGUCUUCCCACAUCUCCCAGAGGAUUCUUUAAGGCAGACUUAACUCACAUGAGAAGCUCAAGUAAUUGGGUCUGCAUUAGAGCAAGCUCACCACGGCAAUAAAGUUUGACUUGUUCUCUCCCAUUGUUUUAAAAUCAAAGCGCUUCUGCACACCUGGUACGUAAGACUA